AGUCGACUCAUUGAGUGUUCCGCUGUAGACACACAUACGUGGACUCUGUUAAAGUGUGUGUACGGGAUGGUGCAUGCAGUGCAGAUGAGAUGGAAUGCUUCAUGUUUCUCCUCCUGUCCUUUUUCACAACUUGUGCAGGUUUUGAUGUGAGCGUGCCCACAGGUCACGUAGUCGCAAUUCGAGGUCAGCCAGUCUACCUGGGCUGUGAGUUCACCCCUAACCCUGACCUUUCACCUCUGGUCUUGACCUGGCAGCGGGUGGAGGAUUCCCGUGUCGUACACAGCUUCUACUACCAGAAGGAUCAGCUGGAAUAUCAGAACCCAGAUUACCGUAACCGCACGUCGCUGUUCGUGUCUGAGCUGCGGAAAGGCAACGCGACGCUCAGGAUCGAGCCGGUGGGGCUGAGAGACGUGGGGGGAUACCUGUGUACUGUGAGCUACAACGAGGGUACGGGAAAAGCCCAUGUGCGGCUGGACUAUGGAGCCUUCUACACAGAACCGAGACUGAGCAUAAACAUGAAUUGCUCGAACAUCACACUGCUUUAUGAGACUGAGGGUUACCCAGAGCCAGAGGUCGGGUGGUUUGGUGAAAAUGACGAGGUCCUCAGCAACCACAGCGACCUCAGUGACGAAGCAAAGGGAACCACGGGACUGUAUUACCUAAAGAGCUACUUCGUGUCAUCAAGUUCGUCCCUGAACGUCACCUUCAGACUGAAGAAUCAGCUCCUCAAUCAGGUUCUGCACAGACCUGUCAACAUCACGUACGAUGGAGAAAACUGCAGGACGUCACUGAACGCUGUGUCUACAACCCUCGUCGUCCUCUGUGUUCUGUGCGCCAUCAUCAUCAUUCUCAUAAUAUUUUUCCUGCUUGUAAAGUGCCAUAAAGGCUUCCGGGAUCUUUCCUACAAGUUAACCAACGGCAACACGAACGGGAGACUUUAAUCGUCCGUGCCUACAUUGGGUUUCUGAUGAUCGGAGCUGACGAUCUUCAGCAUGUCUGUAACACACGCUUAUUAAAAUAAACACCACGAUGUCUAGCAGAUGACACAAUGAUUUUGCAUUUUACUGUAUAAUUUAAAAGAAAUACUUUCCUAACUUCAACAAAGAGAGAGAAGAGAGUUUGUAGUCACAAAAGUAUGACAUGAUGGUGCACCACUACAAAAGAGACAUGUGAUGAAAUGCAUCGAUGCGUGAAGUGGAAAGGAAUCAAUGACGUUAUACCUAAAUGUGAUAAUUCCACAGGAAUGUUUAUAAUAUUUUCCCCUUAUGACUGACUGAAAAAUGAAGUGCAGACGUGCCUGUAGUGUGGUGAAGGACAGCCGUGUGUGUUACGUGACUGGAGGAAGAGAGAAUGAAAAAUAUGACCUUUUUUGAUGUGAAUGUCUUGAGACAGAGGUUCUAUUGUGUUACCUGAUGUUAUUUAAAGAAAAAAAACAGACCAAAAAAAAACACAACACAGACGAGUUAUACUUGCUGCAGUGAGUAAUGGACUUUUCAGUUUGUGUUUCUUUGUAUUUCUCUGCUUGUAAGUCAAUAGUAUCAGAACAUCUCAUCUUCCAAUUUUUGGGUUCACUGAACACAUCAGGAACAGAACAUCCUAAAGGACCUAAAGUUCCUGAAUGACUCAUUCACUCUCCCCUUACCUGAAACUAGGUUGUGUUACAAACCGUGUGUUUGUGUAAUUGCACACUUCAUGCAAACAUUCCUGAUCAACCCGGAGGAGGUGUGGUGAUGAUGAGAAGCUACCAGAAACUAAUCUGAGAUACCAAGUUUCAGUGCUAACAAUUCAUAGUCAUUAAAUAUUGAAACGUCACAUUUCCUGUGUGUUUAGGGUUACAUUUAAUGUUCCAGUUCUUGUUCUGGCUCAAGGUACAGCAGCCAUAAAGUGCUCUCUAUUCUCUCUCUCUCUCUCUCUCUCCCUCACUUGAAGGUACUUUAAUAAGUAGCACCAACCUUCUGAUCAAACAGAACCCACGAUUCAUGACCUGUGUGGUAUUAGAGAAGUGUUUAUAUUGAAAUAAACCUGAUUUUAUAUGAAUCUAUUUAUGAAAAACUGCUUAGUUUAUUAUCUUAGGUUUUACCUGUUUGUAUAAAUGGUUCUGAAGAAAUGUUUGUAAAGCUCUGUAACACCUUUACUCAAUAAAUGCAGUGACCUUGUGCAAACAGUA